AUGAGUUUUACAGUUUUAAAUAGAAAUCUACGUAAAUAUGAUGAUCGUACAUUAUCCGGUCUUUUACGUACUGGCUUACUCGAUGCAGCUGAUGUGGAAAUUGAUAUUGAGAAGUGUAUCGAACCCGAAAUAAUUGAAUGGCUUAUAAAUUACGAUUGUGACACUUCAGCACAACCGAUAGGAAUUUUUUUUACAUUACUCACAGUACUUGCACAUGUUGCUCAUAAUAUCACUAUAUUACAAUGGAAUAAGAUUCGAAAAAAUUUAAACAUUUAUUCAUUUAUAUUAGGAAUCAGUGGUGCUUGUAAAUCAGGAUUCGUCCGACCGGUACGAGCUGCUUAUACUGCUAUGAUAGAUUUUUUACGACAAUAUAAUCUUGGUGAUCCAGAUUCAUACAAUAGCCUUGUCGACACAUUUACUACAGCUGGUCUUUACGAUCAAUUAGUGCAAUCUACUGAUGUACUCGUAUUACAAGAAGAAAUCGAUACAACACUGAAUAAUAUGGGUUUUUAUGUUAAUAGUGGAAAUGAUGGUCGGCAACUUCUUUGCUCUUUGUGGGAAGGUUUAGAUGAUAAUAAAAAAACUAAAAGUUAUCGACAAAAUAUACGCCGAUCUCAUUUGACUCUAUGUGGAGCUUCAACUGGAAAAUUAUUCACUCCAUUGAUUCGUGAAUGCUUGGAUGAUCUUCCUACUGAUGGAGUGAUAGAUCGAUGUUUAAUACUUGUUGUCCCAUAUUCAAGAUUUACACGUGAUUUAUUACAACCAAGAGAUCUUAGAAAACCAACAAUCACACAAAUAUUAUUGUGUGCAUCGAUUUUAGGACAAAGAGAACUCAUGUUUGAUGACGAUGCUUAUAAUACUAUAAAUGCUUAUACAGAUGAUCUUACUCAUCGAGCAGCUACUUUCUAUCGUACAAGUCCACGAUUCACAUCCUAUCUUGCCAAGCAACCACCUCAAGUUAUUAAAUUAUGUGGUCUAAUGACUAUUAUUCAUACUAUAACAACUGUUUUAAGACGCAUAAAUGUAAACCUAUCGGACGAGACAGAUCAUGGAUUGACUUUAGCAUUCUAUAAUGAAGUACAAAUGAUUGUACGACAAAGAGUUCCUUAUGUUAUUACAGUAACACAAAAUAUUGUUGAUCGAGCUAUAUAUUUACAUGGAUUUUUGUACGAACAAUCUGAACGUUUACUGCAUCUUAAUACACAUCAAAAUGAUAAUAUACCACAAAUAAAAUUGACUGGAGAUCAACUUCAAAAACAUCUAAUGCGAGAAAUUUUAAUGAUGCGCAACCUUAUUAUUAUGACAAAUGCAAUCUUUUCUAUUCCUGGUAAACAUAAUUAUUUUGAAAAAUUUAUAUUCAAGAUUUUAGGAAUAAGUCACGUUCAUCGAUUGCUUGUUAAAAAUGCACUUCAACAACUAGUUACUGAACAUCUUCUAUUAGCGGAUUAUUAUGUAUUAACAAGUACUAAUCGUCCAAUAUUUUGUUACAUAAAAGUAGUUCCAAAAAUGAAUAAUCUUGUUGAUCGAGAAAUAUUAGCCGAGAAACUUCAACAACAUAACAUAUCUCUUGAGGAAUACAUGAUAUUGAAUAAUAGUUACACCUUAACAAAAGGUAGUCGACUUCAUCAAUCAGCACUAAAAAUCCUUUCAAUGCCAUCUUAUGUUGCCGUAAGUGGUGGACCAUAUGAUCAACAGUUAAAUUUUGAAAGACCAUCGGUUGUGCGAAAUUCUCAUCAAAAUAACUCGUACUCGCCGAAUAUAACCACCACACAACAACAUACACAACAUCAACGUUCACUCUGUUUAUCUGAUACACAACGUUUACAGCAAACAUCAGUAUUAAAUAAAGGAAACAAACGUUCUAUUUCAGCUGCCUUCGUAGAAUCAGAUGAUUCAAUCAGUCACUCACAAGAUACAAAUCGUAUAUCAAACCAUAACAUUGAACGAAAUACAAUAAGAAGUACAUUUUCAAUCACGUCUAUAUCAUCUGAAGAAAUAUGUACACCAAUAUCACGUACAACAUGUAAUGAAGGUUGUCUUUCAACUAUUUUAUAUGCAAAUAUAUGCAUAUAUUAA